AGAAGGAAAAUUCUACAGUGCAUUCCGAAAUGGCUGCUUUCUUUGAUUGACUGACUGAUUGCUUGCUUGUUUGCUUACUUACUUGAUUUACACUGAGUGAGACGAUAUGGGAAGCUUUGGUCAGAGGAGUCAUGAUGCGAAGGUCCACAUCGAGCAGUCGGAGACGAGAAGCGAAGUCAAUCGGUUACUAAGUGUACAGUUUUGAGCUACUGGACGGGUGUGGGAAAGUUGAGAGCGUGGGGACUCUGUUUCUGGCCGUGUUUGCCGCCGAGAUUCUGGUGGAUCUGUGGCAAUAGACCUGGAAUGUACCAGGUGGGUUGUAAUCAGGGCACCUCAAACCUGUGGCGACACUCGUUGCACCUCCGGAGGCAAUUACCAGCAACGACAAAAAAAGUUGGAUAAAAAGGCCGGAAUGCGGAUCGUCUGCGUCUGUCUGGAUUGAACCCCAAAUCCCAUGGCUGCAGCACCGUUAGUCAGUCUCACGUUGGUGUCGUUGCAUUUACUGGCGCCGAGAAAAAGCGCACCUCAGCCGAACUCACUACAGGACUGCGUCAGUUACGCACUGAGACCAUUCUCCAAACCCAUGGGUUCGUCUUUCUUCGUCUGUGCGGCUGGUGCUCCGGAAUCAACCCCGGCCAGAGCUUCCAAUUGUACAACGGGGUCUUUUUGAGAAUUCUCUGUUGAUGCGUCAAGUACCAUGGAUGUGUAGCUCACGCAUCAUUCCGGUACUCUCAAGGCUCUACGACCAGGAUCUCUACGCAUCGCGCGCCCCUACAACCCUAUGAGAACAUAACAAUAUGCAAAGAUAAUCAGAUACACUGAACGAACUAUUGACGGUCAGGAGGUGUUCUUGACCUGAAUUAUAGGUAUUCCCGAUACGAAAUUAUAUUGAGGGAGUGGACAGCAUAACAAUCUGUGUUAGUUCAACUAAUUGCGUGCCAUAUAAGUAGACGUCACGCCUGAUUCAAGAGGAAGUUAAAUGACAUUUCCUGGUUUAAAUUUUGAAUUUCAGAAGAAGGGAAUUCCACAUUCAAAACUGGGGCCCAAUCAGUGAGGCGGCGCAGAACACAAAUUAGUAAUGACUUCUUCGAUGCUGCAGUGUCUCUUUGCUAAAAAAGUCUUCACCAAAGUGUCCAAUAAUCGGGAACCUAUUACAUUCCAAUCGCAAUAAAUAAACUCGCAAUCCCCCAAGCACAAUCGGAGCAGCGGCUCUUCCGUGUCGAGUCCCCAUAAGUUCUAAGACCUUGUGGUAUCGUGGCCACUGUUGUGAUUACCCGGGUGGAACUCAUGCAUCUCCCACUCUCUUGUAUUUGAUUCUGUGGGGGUGGUACCUGAGUCUUUCUUUUUCCCUGUCAGACCCAUAGGUAGUGCCGCGGUCGCAAUUCUUGUGGUGGAUUGGCGACGGUGCGAAAUUAGAGGCUUCGAGUUUAUUGCUCUUUGAUCUGGGAACCAAUCUGCUUUCCACAGAAAUUCGCAGUAGCUAUCCAUGGAUGGCGAGGGCUGUGAUGGUUUUCAGUUGUCAUAUUCUCUGUGUGACACCGUUUUGACAGUUUGCUUGGGAGUACUGGAGCACAUGAGGCAUAUAGAACCUUGAAAGGCAUGUGUGUGGUCGUAACGUCAGGAAUUAGAAAGGUUGGGAUCGGCAAUCGCCAUUCUUGGUUGAAAAUUCGCAUCUGUUGCGCUGUACUUUGAGGUUUAUUUUCGCAGAGACCGAGGGAUAGAAGAUUCUGACAAUCUUGAGCCUGUAGGUUAGGGGGUGGAUAAAGAACUGUCGUUGGAUGUGGAGCUGAAGAAAUCAACUUAAUAACAUGUUGCUUUGGCUGGAAGCUUCUGUAAUUCCAGCGAUGUGAGAGGGCAAUUAUCCUCGUGGAGAAGUGGACCAUGUAGAGACGAUGUCGGCGGUAAUGCUUAUCCAGACCAUCGUGACAAUAUCUCAGAAUGAGUUGGUUGAAUGUGGCGGAUGAGUCAGCGCCGUAUAAUCCUCGGUUUGUGAAGUUUGUUUGCUCUUAGUGCCCCAUUCUCGGUCGGAGUUUAAGUUAAUGAGACCCAGUAAGUAUGGAGUAAUCACGUUGACAGGCGAUUGACCUCUGCAGCAAUCUUUUGCUACCUGCUCCUCGAGAAUUCAUUACAACCCGCGGAGAUGGAAGAAGGUCCAGAAACGGUGUUAGUGGGGGAUGGUUCAGUGGAUUACAAUGGACGACCAGCUAACAGGCUUGAGACGGGAGGAUGGCCAAGUGCCCCUUAUAAUUUCUUAAUGGAAUUUGCAGAGACCAUGGCCUUCAUCGGUCUGCAAAUCGACUUAGUGCUGUACUUGAUCAACAAGAUGAACUUUGCCCACACAAAGGCCGCCACCACAGUGACGAAUUUCGCAGGCACAGCGUUUCUGUGUCCGCUUUUUGGAGGAUUUCUUGCCGAUGCCUACCUUGGUCGCGUCUCGGUAGUUGUGAUCUUUGGCUGCGUGGAGCUUGUGGGCAUGUCGUUAAUGGUCAUCUCCGCUUCACUUCCAUCACUUCGGCCUCUUCCCUGCGGAACUUCACCGUGCAAGGCAUCGUCAUCAGCAGACCUGGCUGUCCUUUACUUGGGAAUGUACCUGAUUGCGCUCGGAUCCGGAGGAUUGAAGCCCUGCUUGUCAAGUUUGGGGGCUGACCAGUUCGACGAGACGCAUGAGAAAGAACGCCGUCUUUCAGCAGUCUACUUCAACUGGUAUUUCUUCAGCUUUGUGGUGGGAGGGCUUCUGGGGGUCACUGUGCUUGUCUACAUCCAGGAUAACAUCGGCUAUGAUGUGGGCUAUGGCAUUUGUCUUGCCUUAGUUGCAGUUAGUUUGGUCGUGUUCGUGGCCGGGUUUCAUCGUUACAGACGAAAGCCCCCCUCACAAAGUCCCCUGACGAGAAUUUUGCAAGUGAUAGUGGCUGCCUUUCGGAAAUUACGUUCUCCUCACCCUCCACCGGAAUACCUGUAUGAAAUAGACGACAAAGAAGCCACGCAGUUAGGGUUUCAAAAGAUCGACCACACCAGCAGCUGCAGAUUUCUCGAUAGAGCGGCCAUUGUAAACGCCAGUGAGAAGGAUCAUGAGCGGAAUAAGAGCAAGUGGGAGCUGUGCACAGUGACGCAGGUGGAAGAAACCAAAGCCAUGGCAAAGCUGAUGCCAAUUUGGACGGGGACCAUUAUCAUGAACGUGGUGCUUGCGCAGCUGCAGACAUUCACCAUCGAGCAAGGUUCCACCAUGGACCGGAAGAUCGGAAGCUUCAACUUCCCCGCCGCGUCCAUCCCCUUUUUCCCCCUCAUUAUCAUGGCCAACCUGGUGCCCCUGUAUGACCGCAUCUUUGUCCCCGUCGCUCGUCGUUUCACAGGUCUCGACAGAGGCAUAACGUUUCUGCAAAGAAUUGGCAUUGGCCUCGUCCUAUCCGUGGUUUCAAUGAUCAUCGCAGCCGUUGUGGAGGUGAAGCGCACCGAUAAAGCCAAAGCCUACGGGCUUCUGGAGGACUCGCGAGCCACCAUCCCCAUGAGCAUCUUCUGGCUCGUCCCCCAAUAUUUCACCUUCGGGAUCGCUGACAUGUUCACAUUCAUCGGCGUGCUGGAGUUUUUCUACGAUCAAGCACCAGACAGCAUGCGCAGCACGAGCACGGGCUUCUCCUUCUGCACCAUCUCUCUUGGCUACUUCAUCAGCUCAGCCGUGGUGAGCAUCGUCAACAUGGCCACGAAAACUGAUUCCCACCCUGGUUGGCUCUCAGAUGACGUGCCCUUCAACCGGAAGAAGCUAAACUUGUUCUACUGGCUCAUGGCUGUGCUAAGCUUUGUGAACUUCGCUUACUUCCUCGUUGUGGCGCAUUUCUACAGAUAUAAGAAAUAUCCCAGUCCCAAAUUCAUGAACCCUGACGCCCAGCUACAGAAGAGUGCAACUCCUCCUGUCGACAGCGCAUGCGGAGUUGGAACAAAAGACCAAUCAAGACAACCUUGAUCUCUAACGAUGUGAGGAGUCGUUUCUUUGGGAUUUUACAGUCUUCCCAAAAUGUUCCAGUGUUGUCCAUAAAUUUCCCAAAAAAACUUGUACAUUGCACCCAAUCCACUGUUACCAUACCACUAGGUGCUCGACUUACACCUCGUAUUAGUAUAUGUAUACAUGUUGCCAUUCCGAAUUGGCAAAUCCCUCUACUCGUCAGAGGCCAUUGCACCAUCGCUUGCAACACACUUCUGAUCAUCCGAUUGUGAGCAAUGUUGGUGGAUGUGAAUUUGGCACCAAACUACCUAUGGCCAUUAGCAUUCAGAUUCCCAGCUUAUUAGAAGUUACAUGUCCAUGCUUAUCUUAGUAGAAAGCUAUUGAUAGUAACUCAAGGAUAAGAUCUUGAUUAACAGUCACCAGACGGUGAAAGUAACCAAUCACAAUAAUAUUUUGUGAGCAUAUAUAUUGUAUUGUUGAGAAAAUUAAUUCAAUUUGUUGCCUUUGCUAUUUUGUCUA